AAUUAGUCUUGUAAUAAAUUUUACAUAACGUCGAUUGAAACUAUAUUAUAUUAUAAAGUCAACGCAAUAGUUACUUAUAAUAGUGAUAAUAUUAUUUUAUGAAUUUCACCGUAGUCACGAUCUGAAUUUAAAACUAAAUCAAGAUACUCUUUCGAUAAUUAUUUACUCCCCUAUAGAUCUAAUAAAAAGAGAAUGUGAGUCUAAGUAUAUAAAGAACACAUUUUCAGAUACUUUGAUGAUAGUUUUAACAAAAGACACGCUGUUGACGUUUCGUAUUCUUAAAUUAUUAUAUUUAAUAAAUUCACCAUGUCAAUUUUACAUAUAUUAAUAUUUAUUGGAUGGCUUUUUACCAAUGUUGAAUUUAGUAUUACUCAGAGAUAUAAUUGGCCGUAUAAAGAACAGUCAGUUUAUAAAUUAUUAAAACCCGCAUCGUUGACAACAAUACCCAAAUAUCCACCAAUUAUUUAUGUCACUCCGCCUAUUUCCAAAUCAUCUGACAAAAAAACUCGGCGCAAACAACCUAAAGUCGAUUACAUGGAUUAUCCAAUGUACUCAUUUAAUUACGGCGUAACUGACGGUUAUACGGGUGACUCAAAGUCAGCUUGGGAAGAAAGAAACGGUGAUGCUGUACGUGGUGAGUACUCGGUAGUCGAAGCCGAUGGAUCUAUUCGUACAGUAACUUAUACAGCAGACGAUAAAAAUGGAUUUAACGCCGUGGUUACCAAAAGCUUACCACCAAAUUUCCACAAACCUAAUUAAUUCCUAAUUAAAUUAAUUAAUU